GCAACUACAAUAAAUAGAGUGAAGAGUAGAUGUGACGGUAAUGGUCGGGGAUGAAGGGUGGUGCGAUGACAUCAUACCACACCAUGCCGGUGAAGAAACGGUGGAGUUGGCUCGUAAUCGCCGUAUUAGGUCUCGUGUUGCUCUCGAUGCUCGUUCCUCUAGCUUUUCUCCUAGGUCUCCACAACGGAUUCUACUCUGGAGGGUAUGUUACUGAGAAAAGGAGCUCUGUUUCAUCAAGACAGAAUGUGACUUUAGAUUCGCCGUUAAUUAAAGGAGGGCCAUCAACACGUGUACAUGAACUUUUGAAAAAUCUCGGACCAACUCUUCCAAAGGUUCAUUGCAUACUGCUUUGAUGGAUUUUGGAAGGAAGUCUGUCAAGGAAGCUGAGAAUAGAACCACUGGUUUUACUGUACCUACACAAGUAUCAAAGCCACCUCCAAAAGGCGAUAAUGUUGGAGUUGGCUCAUCAGCUGAAGGCACCAAAACAAUUCAAGUCAUUGGUGAUAAUGAAAAAACGUGUGAAUUAAAAUAUGGGAGCUAUUGCUUAUGGCGUCAGCAACAUAAGGAAAAAAUGAAAGAUCUAAUAGUGAGAAAAAUGAAAGACCAGCUUUAUGUGGCUCGAGCUUAUUAUCCUAGUAUUGCAAAGCUUCCAAAACUUGACCAGUUUUCACAAGAAAUGAAGCAAAAUAUUCAACAAUUUGAACACAUUUUCAGUGAAGGUACUGAAGAUACAGAUCUUCCACCACAGGUUGAGAAGCUGAUACAGAAAAUGGAAACUACAAUUAUCAAAGCAAAAGCAGCCGUUGUUGACUGUAACAAUGUUGACAAAAAAUUAAGACAAUUAGUUGACUUAACGGAAGACGAAGCCAACUUUCAUAUGAAACAGAGUGCUUUUCUUUACCAACUAGCGGUCCAAACAACACCAAAAAGUCACCAUUGUCUGUCAAUGAGACUAACCGUUGAGUAUUUCAAAACUUCACCACUUGAUGCUGAUGUGUCAGAGAGUUUGUUGAACCCGGACCUGCAUCACUAUGUUAUACUUUCCAACAACGUGCUUGCAUCAUCAGUAGUAAUUAAUUCGACUGUUAUGCAUGCAAAAGUCAGUAGGAAGCAGGUGUUUCAUGUGUUAACAGAUAAGCAAAGCUUCUUCUCCAUGAAAAUGUGGUUCUUUACUAAUGCUUACAAGGAUGCAACAGUUGAAGUUUUGAACAUUGAAGAUCUUGACCUUCUAAAAGGUCAAACACCUUCUCAUUUGUCAAUGCGCCAAGAAUUACGUGUCUCUUUCCUAUCUACUUCCGAAAGUAGAACCGAAUACAUGUCCGUGUUUUCUCAUUGGCAUUACGCCCUACCAAAAAUAUUCCCAAAUUUGAAGAAAAUCGUUGUUCUUGAUGACGAUGUUGUUGUCCAGCGCGAUUUGUCAGCCUUGUGGAAUCUUGACAUGAAUGAAAAAGUCAUUGGUGCAGUGCGUUUUUGUGCCGUGAAAUUCGGUGCGAUUAAAAAUUAUUUGGGGAAGGAAAAUUAUGAUAGUAGUUCUUGUACGUGGAUGUCGGGGUUAAAUAUUAUUGAUUUGGAUCGGUGGAGGGAACAUGAUGUUACUAAAAUGUUUCAAAGUUUGGUACAAAAGCGUUUGACUGAAACAACAACACUAGGAGCAACCGUGUUGACUUUUCGAGGUUUACUUAUGGAUCUUGAUGACACAUGGGUAUUAUCUGGACUGGGUCACAAUUACGGUAUUACUAAUGAAGCUAUUAACAAAGCAGCUGUAUUGCACUUCAACGGCAACAUGAAACCCUGGCUUGAACUCGGCAUUUCAAAUUAUAAAGUUCACUGGAGAAAAUAUUUAGACCUUGAAAACCGUUACAUGACCGAUUGCAAUGUCAACCCUUGACCCCAGUUGAUCAUUUCCUGCAAAUUCUUUAAUUUGAAGAAAAUAGAAACUUAUAUCUUGAUCAGAUUUCCAGAAAAUGAUGAUCUGCAAAUGCUGAUCUGGCGAUCUGUGUGUAUUUCUAGUUAUUUGGACGAAAAAUUUGUCCAGAUGAAGAGGAGAUUGCGGUUACUGUUGAUGGUUAUAUGGAGAACUGCUUUCUAGUUGGUUUUUUGUUUGGUAUUUAAGUUAGGUAGAAAUGUGAUUACCGCGAACUCGUUUUUAAUUUUAUUUUUAUAUUUGUUUUUUUUUCACGAUUGUUAUAAUAUAUUUAUCUGGUUAGGUUGUUUGUAAUAUCAGGGAUAUUAUAGUGAUCAAGGGAUAGCAAAUAAUUCAAUUACUUUAGAAGGUG